CAGACAAGUGGAAAAGAGGAGAGAGAAAUAUAUUUUAGACAGCGGGUGGGUCGGAGCCUGACUGUCAAAUCUUCAUAUUCUUUCUCUCUCUAAAAUAUCGUCUCUCUCUCUCUCUCUCUAAAAUCCAGAAUUAAGGGGCUUUCUUCUAGUGAUUCGAUUCAGUCGCUGAUCUUUUCCAUUGUUCACUGUGCCUCUCUUCCCACUUAGAGGAAUGUUCCCAGAUUUUCACGGACUGGUUUUGAUUUGACUGCAUUUUGGUGACUCCAAAUGGAGGGGGACACAUUUUCAGGACUAGGCAAUGGUAGUCAGUUAGAUGGCAAAGUUAUACAGACAUUUCAGAAGAGUUUUGUUCAAGUUCAGAACAUAUUGGAUCAGAACAGAUUGUUGAUCAAUGAAAUUAACCAGAAUCACGAGUCGAAAAUCCCCGACAACCUGGGCAGGAAUGUAGGUCUGAUCAAAGAGCUGAACAACAACAUCAGGAGGGUGGUUGACCUCUAUGCUGAUCUUUCAAGUUCUUUCUCCAAGUCCAUGGAAGCCUCAUCUGAAGGAGACUCAAGUGGUGCUUUUAGAUCAGAUGGGAAAUCUGGCCACAAGAGGAAUAGGCCUGGGUAGACAGACAGACAAUCUCAAGCCAAUUCCAUUCUUGAUUCUUCUGCGUGCCGCCGGCAAACCAGAAAUUCGCAGUUUUCUUGAGGUAGAUGAACAUGAUUAGAUUGUGUAACUCUGCUGUCAUUAGUGCUUCCACUUACUCUACAUUUCUUCUCAUAAGAAUAAUUGUUCCAAAUCUUCCCUGUCACAUUAUGACUUUGUAACUGUGAAUCUAAUUGAAAUCAAGCAUGUUCUUGCCAAA